AUGGUGCAUGCAAAACACUAUUUGGACAUCAUCGAUGCCGUAAGAGUUCCGUAUAAAUGCCGGAUUCCACAACGUUUGCAUUCCGAGAGGCAAUCUGGACCUCCGUACAGAAAUAAAGUCAACAAUACCGAUGUCAUGUUUCGGACAAAAUCUACCAGUCGUGCUGCCUCGGAUAAAGAAACACCUUCACAAACACAUGAAGUGCCGCGUUCCAUUCGCUCUUGUAGGGAGAGGAACUCAACAUCUUCGAAAAAGCCACCAGCAACACCAAAGCGAGUAGCGAUAGACAAUAACCAGAAAAAUAAAACUGGAAGACCAGUCAUUACAGUUCCCGUUCAACAGAAGACAAUAAAAACCCUUUACCCGUCCAAGAACUGCAGGAUGUUACCUGAUCAGAAAACUAUAAAUCAAUAUGAAGACCUAGAAAUGCAACGGAGUGAUCAAUCUAACGACGCAUUUGAGUACCUCGAUCUGACAGAGAGAGAUGUAAUCAAGCCAGAAAAAGAGCAAAUAGGCGACAUUAGUUCUGAACGGGAGAUGAAAAUCAAUAAGUUCCAAAGAAUGAAGAUUGAGCUGAAAAGUAGACAGAAAGUUGUGGCAGCCGACCAAAGUAUAGAUAUAAACUCCACGGAUGAUUGUGGUCUGAACGCAGCCAAAAUGCCCACUGAUCAACUGUUUAAAUUACGUGCUGAGUCGAAGCUUCAAAAUACUCAUGGUAGUACAUCUUCAAAGAACAGUGGAUUGGCUAUAGACGUGAAAAAAUUUUAUAAAGUACCGUCCAAAUUAGUUGCUACAUGCGAAAGAGCUUUAACUAAAAGACAAGAGAUUAUUGACUGGCUCGACUCUUUAAAAACAAAGGUCAGUAACAUUAGCCUCACGAAAAAAAUAACCGAGUUUAAUUCGGAAAAUGAAAUGUUAAGGGCCAUUUUACAUGACGUUAAAAAUGAAUUUAGAAAAGAGCUGCAAGAAAUUGAACACUACGUUAGACAAAGAGUCAACGACACCGUGGCAAUGCAUUUACAAGCCGAAAAUAUGACGUAUAAACUAUCAGAACUAAAUGCACUGAAUGCUGAUCUUCGGAAACAGCUAUGCAGCGCAGAAAAUUCUCGAUCCCACUCAAACAGGAAUAAAAUAUUGGAACUGGAGGAGUUGAAAGAAAAACAGAAAACUUUGAAGGAUCGUUUGGCUAAAACUGAAGAGCAAGGUAAAAUUGCUACGGAACGAGCAUCUCAAUUAGAAGCUAUACUGGAAGAAGUAAACUCAAAAUUAGAGACUAAAGAGGCAAUAAUUAUCAAAUUACAAGAACAGAACCAAAAGCUACAAAGAAAAUACGACGAAGAAUUAAAACGAUUAAAUGAAUCAGUCGACGAAAAUACAACAAAUUUAGAAAAGAUUGCAUACGAUCGUGAUCAGUUGCAGACUGAGAAAGAUGACCUAGAGAAACAGCUUAAACAAUUAUCACAGUAUUAUAAUGAAUCUCUUAAUAAUAACCACAUGGAAAUGAAACUAAAUAUUGCAAAACUAGCGGAAACUGAAACAAAGUACAACAUUGAAAUAGAAGAAAAGAAUAAACUGAAGUCACAUUAUUGUGAGCAACUAUUAGAGGCUGAAAUGCGUAAUAAAGAGCUCGAAAAUAAAUUACAAGAAAUCGAGACUCAAUUAAGUAACAAAAUGGUUUUGGAAUAUGAACAAAAAAAUAUUAAGGAUGAGAUAGAAAGAGUAUAUUUAGAAAAUAAAAAUUACAAAAACCUUUUACUACAACAGACUGAGACUUUAAAAGAAAUCGAGCAAAGCUUGGAAGAGUCUCGUGAAGAAAACAAAAACUUAAAUCAAAAUUUAGAAAACCAAAAGAAUUAUAUUUUGGAACUUCAAAAUCAAGAAGAAUUAUUAAAAGCUCAGUUACAAAAUAGUGAAGCAAAAAUCGAACCUUAUGAGCACAAAUUGUUGGAGCUUAAAGAUAACUUGAAGCAGAUGCAACAACAACAGAUUGACGGAUUAAACAAAAUUAAUUCGUUACAAGACACGAUAACCAAGCAGGAAGCUGGUCUAGUGGAAGCAAAUCUGCAGAAUAAUAAGCUCUCUGAAUCAAUUGAAAAGAAACAAAUCGAAUUAAUGGAACUCUUGGAAACCAAUAAGCUACAAGAGCUCAACUUAAGAGAAAAAGACAAAGUUAUAAAAAGUCUAUCAAAUGUAGAAGAAGAUCAAUCUAACAUCAUUAAACAAUUAAGGAACGAUAUAGAAUAUAGAGCUAAUGCCGAUGCGGAGGUCUAUACU